AUGGCGGCGAUGCCGAUGCCCACGCCCCGAUCUCUCCUGCUGCUCCUCCUCCUCGCCACUCCCUUCCUCCUCCUCCCCCACGCCGCCUCCGCCUCAGCCCCCACCUCCAAUCCGGACAUCGACCUGGAGUACCUCAUCAAGAACGCCGGCCUCGACGACGCCCCAGCUGCCACCGCCACCGACGACCCCGAGGACGGCGCUCCGAACUUCCCCGACCUCGACGCCGACUACGAAGACGACGAGGAGGACCUCUUCGGCGACGACGACGGGCCGGAGGAGUCCUCCCACUCCCACCCCUCGGCGGCCGACGAGGCCCACGUGCUCCUCCUCACGGCCGCCAACUUCACCGCCAUCCUUGGCGCGCGCCGCCACGUGAUGGUCGAGUUCUACGCGCCCUGGUGCGGCCACUGCCGCGCGCUGGCGCCCCACUACGCCGCCGCCGCGUCCGCCCUCGCCGCAGACGGCGUCGACGUGGCGCUGGCCAAGGUGGACGCCACGGAGGAGCACGAGCUGGCGCAGGCGCACGGCGUGCAGGGCUACCCCACCCUCCUCUUCUUCAUCGACGGCGUGCCCCGGGACUACGCCGGCGAGAGGACCAAGGACGCCAUUGUGGCUUGGAUCAGCAAGAAGCUGGGCCCUGCGGUGCAGAACCUCGCCGCCGUCGGCGAGGCCGAGAAGGUCGUCACCGGCGACGACGUGGCUGUGCUCGCCUUCCUCGACCACCUCUCGGGUGCGCACAGCGAUGAGCUUGCUGCUGCUUCAAGGCUGGAAGAUACCGUCAGCUUCUACCAGACCACCAGCCCCGAUGUAGCCAAGCUUUUCCACAUUGACCCGGAGGCAAAGCGCCCAUCAGUAGUCCUGCUGAAGAAAGAGGAGGAGAAGUUGACCGUUUUUGAUGGCGAGUUCAGAGCUUCUGCGAUUGCCGAGUUCGUUUCGGCCAACAAAAUCCCAUUGAUCACCACCCUCACACAGGAGACCGGCCCUGCGAUUUUCGAUAAUCCGAUCAAGAAGCAAAUUUUGCUGUUUGCUGUUGCGAAGGAGUCCUCAAAAUUCCUGCCCAUCAUUAAGGAAACGGCAAAAUCAUUCAAGGGGAAGCUUUUAUUUGUCUUUGUGGAGCGUGACAAUGAGGAGGUUGGCGAACCUGUCGCCAAUUACUUUGGAAUUACUGGAAACGAGACCACGGUUCUUGCUUACACUGGGAAUGAGGACGCUAAGAAGUUCUUCUUAAGAAAAAUCUUUCUACUUGUUAAUACCCAGGAAUUUGCUCAAGAUUUCCUGGAGGACAAGCUCACACCAUCCUACAAGUCUGACCCAGUACCUGAAUCCAACGAUGAGGACGUCAAAGUUGUUGUUGGCAAGAGUCUAGAUCAAAUAGUUCUGGAUGAAUCAAAGGAUGUCCUUUUGGAGAUAUAUGCACCAUGGUGUGGGCAUUGUCAGUCACUGGAACCUAUCUACAACAAGCUGGGCAAGUAUCUCCGUGGCAUCGACUCCCUUGUAAUAGCCAAAAUGGACGGCACAAACAAUGAGCACCCCCGUGCCAAGCCCGAUGGAUUCCCCACGAUACUCUUCUAUCCAGCUGGGAAGAAAAGCUUUGAGCCUAUAACUUUCGAGGGGGACCGGACGGUGGUGGAGAUGUACAAGUUCCUCAAGAAGCAUGCCGCCAUCCCGUUCAAGCUCAAGCGCCCAGACUCGUCAGCAGCGCGGACCGACAGCGCUGAGGGCCCAGGCUCCUCAACCGGGCCCGAGAAGAGCUCCGGUUCCAACCCAAAGGACGAGCUGUAG